AUGGCAAAUUUCGUAUCGUCUCCGGGACGUAUUCCAUCAGAUGCUGCUCAUUUACUUCAUUCAUCUCAACCGCCAUCUUCAGUAGGAAGAUCAGGAGAUUUCCCGCUUCAGAGUAAUAAUCCAGGAUUAUUUAGUGAAACUAACUUAAGUCAAACUGCAUCUACUCCACAAAAUAAUGCUCCAUUAGCAUCUGCAAGAAGAAAACAAAUAGCAGUGCCUAAAGUUGUUGAUGUGACAGGAGAAAAAGUUCGUGAAAGUUUUGAACAGUUCAUAGAGACAUUCGUUGACGAAGAGAACGAUAACCGUGAUGAUCAGUGGCAGGGUAAAGUAUAUCUUGCUCAAAUUGAAGCGAUGAAGACAUAUGAAUACAGUACGUUGUAUAUUGACUACCAGCACUUGCUUGGAAGAGAAAACGGAGUGUUGGCGUCAGCCAUCUUAGAACAAUACUAUCGUUUUAUGCCAUUUUUGUUGAAGGGAUUAAGAAGGUUAUUGAAGAAGUAUGCACCAGCAUUAUUGCACACGAACUUGUUGGGUGAACAUCAUGAAGAAGGUAUGAAUAGUGGUAGUAAUGACGGCUCAUCUUCUACUGCCGCGUCAAAUGCUAAUGAAAGAGUAUUUCAAAUUUCUUUCUUCAAUUUGCCAACAAUUAAUAGAAUCCGUGAUAUACGUACUGAUAAAAUCGGUUCAUUGAUGGCCAUACUGGGUACUGUUACCAGAACAUCAGAAGUAAGACCCGAAUUAUAUAGAGCUUCAUUCACCUGUGACAUGUGUGCAGCAAUUAUUGAAGGUAUUGAGCAAAUUUUCAAGUAUACUGAGCCUACAUCUUGUCCAUCUUGUGAAAAUCAAUCAUACUGGACCUUGAAUGUUGCCAAAUCACAGUUUAUCGAUUGGCAAAGAGUAAGAAUUCAAGAAAAUUCAAACGAAAUCCCAACUGGUUCCAUGCCUCGUACGUUAGAUGUUAUUUUGAGAGGUGAGACUGUGGAAAGAGCAAAACCUGGUGAUAAGUGUAAAUUUACCGGUAUUGAAAUUGUUAUUCCAGAUGUUGCACAAUUGGGUUUACCAGGUAUCAAAGCACAGUCGAUUAAGGAAAAUCGAGGAACGGCGUCUUCGGAGUUGAAUUCUGGUGUGAGUGGUUUGAAGGCAUUAGGUGUCAGGGACCUUACGUAUAAGAUUGCUUUCCAUGCAUGCCACGUUUCUUCCUUAAUUAAUAAAACCACAGGUGCAAGUGACAAUUAUGAUACUAACGAAAUUGAUUUUCAAGGUCCAGGUGAUCAGGAGUUGUUUUUGACCUCUUUGAAUGAUGCCGAAGUAGCUCAAUUAAAAGAAAUGGUCAAAGACGAGCAUGUUUAUGAUAAAUUAGUGAAGUCUGUUGGACCAGCAGUUUUUGGGCAUGAAGUUGUCAAGAAGGGUAUUUUGUUACAAUUACUUGGGGGUGUUCACAAACAAACAAUUGAUGGUAUUAAUUUAAGAGGUGAUCUUAAUAUUUGUAUUGUAGGUGAUCCAUCUACUUCCAAAUCACAAUUCCUUAAGUAUGUGUGUGGCUUUUCACCAAGAGCUGUCUAUACGUCAGGUAAGGCUUCUUCUGCAGCAGGUUUGACUGCAGCAGUCGUCAAAGAUGAGGAAAGUGGAGAACAUACCAUUGAAGCGGGUGCUUUAAUGUUGGCAGAUAAUGGUAUUUGUGCAAUUGAUGAAUUCGAUAAAAUGGAUAUUGUCGAUCAGGUUGCUAUUCACGAAGCCAUGGAACAACAGACUAUUUCGAUUGCGAAAGCUGGUAUUCAUGCUACGUUGAAUGCAAGGACUUCGAUUUUAGCUGCAGCCAAUCCAAUUGGUGGUAGAUACAAUCGUAAAUUAGGUUUAAGAUCUAAUUUAAAUAUGACAGCACCUAUUAUGUCAAGAUUUGAUUUAUUCUUCGUUAUUUUAGAUGAUUGUAAUGAGAAAAUUGACACCCAGCUUGCGUCCCAUAUCGUUGAUUUACACAUGUUCCGUGAUGCCGUUAUUAAUCCUCCUUAUUCUGCUGAACAAUUAUCAAGAUAUAUUAAAUAUGCAAAGACUUUCAAACCUAAAAUGACGAAAGAGGCCAGAGACUUUAUGGUCACAAGAUAUAAGGAAUUGAGAAGUGAUGAUGCCCAAGGUUUAGGUAGAUCGUCUUAUAGGAUAACAGUAAGACAAUUGGAAUCUAUGAUUAGAUUAUCGGAGGCAAUUGCAAGAGCAAACUGUACUGAAGAAAUCACCCCAACUUUUGUCUCUGAAGCGUAUGAUUUAUUGAGACAAUCUAUCAUCAGGGUUGAAAUGGAUGAUAUAGAAAUGGACGAUGAUGCGGAUAAUGCUGCUGAUUCUAAUAAUGCUGAGGACGAAGAAAGGCCAGAGGAAGUUCAAGAUCAAACAGAUGAUAGAAUAACUCCUUCUGCAGAGCCUUCUAGACCUAAGAAAGAAUCUGUUGCCAUUUCUUACGAUAAAUAUGUAGCAAUGAUGAAUUUAUUGGUAAAGAAAAUUUCUGAUGAUGAUAGUGCUGGAGGAGAAGGGUUAACAGCAGAAGAAAUCGUGAAUUGGUACUUAACCCAAAAAGAAGAUGAUAUUCAAAGUGAACAAGAAUACUAUAGUGAAAGAAAGUUAUGUUACAAGGUCUUGAAAAGACUAGUCAAAGAUAGAAUAUUAAUGAGCGUUACGAAUAGCUUGGAUGAGAAUGGCCAGUUACCAAUUAAUGAUCAAGAAGAGUUACCUAGAAAUACUAGAACUGUGUACAUUUUACAUCCAAACUGUGCUAUUUUAGAUUUCUUUGACCAAACAAGAAUCGAAGAGCCUGAUCAAGAAAUUAAUUAA